GGCGGAGACUGGGGAGCGCCUGAAAGUAGCGAAGGGGGCGGCACCCAGACCCAUCUUUAAAGACCCAAACUGCCUUAGGGCAUCCAGACUCACGCCGGCGGCCCUGAGCGGCUCCCCCUCGCCAUGGGCCGCUACCGCAUCUGCGUGGCCACCGGGGCCUGGCUCUUCUCCGGGUCGCACAACCGCGUGCAGCUGUGGCUGGUCGGGGAGCGCGGGGAGGCGGAGCUGGAGCUGCAGCUGCUGCCGGCGCGGGGCCAGGUGGAGGAGUUCGAACACGACGUUCCCCAGGACUUGGGGCCACUGCAGUUCGUGAAGUUGCGCAAACACCACUCCCUGGUGGACGACGCCUGGUUCUGCGACCGCAUCACCGUGCAGGGCCCAGGAGCCUUACAGGAGGCGGCCUUCCCCUGCUACCGCUGGGUGCAGGGCGAGGGCGUGCUGACCCUGCCCGAGGGCACUGCCCGCCUGGCAGGAGACAAUGCAUCGGAUGUGUUCCAGAAACAUCGAGAGAAGGAACUGAAGGAAAGACAGCAAGUAUACUGCUGGGCCACCUGGAAGGAAGGCUUACCCCUGACUAUAGCUGCAGGCAGUAAGGACGAUCUACCUCCAAAUGUGAGAUUCCACGAGAAGAAGAGGCUGGACUUUGAAUGGACACUGAAGGCUGGGGCACUGGAGAUGGCCCUCAAGCGUGUUUACACCCUCCUGAGCUCCUGGAACCAUCUGGAGGAUUUUGAUCAGAUCUUCUGGGGCCAGAAGAGCUCCCUGGCUGAGAAGGUUCACCAGCGCUGGCAGGAUGAUGAACUUUUUGGCUACCAGUUCCUCAAUGGCGCCAACCCCAUGCUGUUGAGACGCUCCACCUCUCUGCCCUCCCGGCUGCUGCUGCCCGCAGGGAUGGAAGAGCUUCAGGCCCAGUUGGAGAAAGAACUCCAGAAAGGUUCCCUGUUUGAGGCUGACUUCAUCCUUCUGGAUGGAAUUCCAGCCAAUGUGAUCCGAGAAGAGCAGCAGUACCUGGCCGCCCCCCUUGUCAUGCUGAAGAUGGAACCCAGUGGGAAGCUGCUGCCCAUGGUCAUCCAGAUCCAGCCUCCCAACCCCAGCUCCCCCACCCCAUCACUGUUUCUGCCUUCGGAUCCUCCACUUGCCUGGCUCCUGGCAAAGAUCUGGGUCCGAAAUUCAGAUUUCCAACUGCACCAGCUCCAAUACCAUCUGCUGAACACUCAUCUGGUGGGUGAAGUCAUCGCUGUCGCCACCAUGAGGUGCCUCCCAGGACUGCACCCUGUCUUCAAGCUCCUGAUCCCACACACCCGCUACACCAUGGACAUCAACACACGGGCAAGGACCCAACUCAUCUCAGAGGGAGGUGUGUUUGAUAAGGCUGUGAGCACCGGUGGAGGCGGCCAUGUGCAGUUGAUCCGUCGGGCCAUGGCUCAGCUGACCUACCGCUCCCUCUGUCCUCCUGACGAUCUGGCUGACCGGGGCCUGCUGGGCAUCCCAAGUGCCCUCUAUGCCCAUGAUGCUUUACAGCUCUGGGAGAUCAUUGCUCGGUACGUGGAGGGGAUCGUCCACCUCUUCUACCACGGGGAUGACGUCGUGAGAGGGGACCCUGAGCUGCAGGCCUGGUGUCGGGAGAUCACUGAGGUGGGGCUGUGCCAGGCCCAGGACCGAGGUUUCCCUGUCUCCUUCCAGUCUCUGAAUCAACUCUGCCAUUUCCUUACCAUGUGUGUGUUCACGUGCACAGCCCAGCAUGGGGCCAUCAACAAGGGCCAGCUGGACUGGUAUGCCUGGGUGCCUAAUGCCCCGUGCACAAUGCGAAUGCCCCCACCCACCGCCAAGGAAGAUGUGACAAUGGCCACAGUGAUGGGCUCACUCCCUGAUGUCCAACAGGCCUGUCUUCAAAUGACCAUCACAUGGCAUCUGGGUCGACGCCAGCCAGACAUGGUUCCUCUGGGGCAUCACAAAGAACAGUAUUUCUCGAGCUCCAAGACCAAAGCUGUACUAAACCAAUUCCAUACAGAUCUGGAAAACUGGGAGAGGGAAAUGACAGCCCGCAAUGAGCAACUUGACCUUGCCUACGAAUACUUAAAGCCCAGCAACAUAGAGAACAGUAUCACUAUCUGAGCUCUAUGGUGCCCCCACCUGGAAAACUUCAGCUCUCCAAAAUAAAUUCUCUACAUCAGUAGCCCACUGGCCCAGGCAGGGUGGUGGUGGUGGGGAGAGUGGGGUGCUAGGAGGGAGGGGGAGGCAGCAAACCUUUUCUGUAAAAGGCCACAUAAAAAUUGUAUGGUUUGUAGGCCACAGAGACUCUGUCACUACUCACCUCCCAGUGUAGCAAAUGGGACAAUAUGAAACUGAAUGAGUGUGAAUGUGUUCCAAUAAAACUUUAUUCAUGCUCAGUGAAAGGUGAA